UGUUGACUAAAUUUCAACUUUAUUCUAGCCAUCGCUACGAAUUGUUUUAAAUUCCCUGAAGUAAGAAUGGAUUGCAUCACGGACGUGUCUCGUCUACAGAUAAUGAUCACCGAACAUAGCGGGGCUUCUCACUAUUUUCAAAGUGAUCCGAAUGUGGAAGAUUUAUGGAGCGAAGAGCCCCGUUGCUUUCUGAUCUUCAGACCGAAAGGAAAUUAUGUGACAUUUUUAAAGCGUGGAUUUGUAGACAGAGCGGAUGAAGCGGACGGAGAAUAUAUCCAUCGGGUAAAUAUUUACAACGGCUAUGGAUUAAUAAUGAUGAAUUCGCCGGCGGAUCGCACAGAAAAUUCUUCAAAAUCAAAAAUAGACCCUCAAUUAAAAUCUACACCUAUUUUAGGUGUCCGAUCAGAAGUGUCGUCAAGACCACGAAAUAAUUUGAAUAAUCUAAUUAUACAUUCAAAAUCAAUAUGCUGCCAAAAAAUAUUCUCGAAUAAGAGAACUGACUCCCCCACAAACUCUGCAAACUAUUUAUUUUACUCAAGGUUAAAUUCGCCAUCGAAAAUAAACACUGACUUCGAUCAGAUUAAAAGGCAUUUCAAAUUUCCUCCAAAUCUAGGAGCUCGCAUUGAAGAUCUGAAUGAGCGUUUGAAGGCUCUAAACGCCAAGAAGCUGAACGUUUAUCUUAAUAAAAAUUCCAAGACGCUAAAGUUGUCUGGCAAAGGACGCUUUUGCACUGAAAAACAAGCUGCAUUCUCCAGAAACAAACUGGAAUUAAUCAAUUCGAUCCCAAGGAAUCCAAGACGGAUUGAAUCCAGCAAGGAAAUCCUUCAAACUAAGUCAGAAAAUUGCAAAGGGUCACAGCGGAGGAAUCUGAGAAGUGUUCUGAACAUUUUGGGGAAGCUGAAUCUAAAUGAUUACGCAAGAACUACUUCGCAAGGCGGAUAUUGCUUGUGGAAAUUCUUGAUGUGGAGUUUCAUUUUCGCCACCUUUAUUGUUCAUGGCGGGGCGCUGCGCUGCCUCAAAUGCAACAGUCUGGUGGAUGGAGACUGCAUCGCAGGACGAGGUGCUGCCGUCACCUGUAACGACACCGAGCGCUACUGCGCCGUGCUUGCAGGCUACCUCGGCCUUAAAGAGGGUGCGGCGCUGGUGGUGAUCCGCGCCUGCUCCCCCGUGGACCUGACCAACAGAUGCCACUUCGUGAGUGCGAUUACGAAGAGCGCCGGUGAUGCAAGAGCGCGGGAUAACCAGAGCACGAACGCAGGAACGCGGGGUGACCGGGACGCGAAAGCAGGAACGCGUGGUGACCGGGACGCGAACGCAGGAACGCUGGGUGACCGGGACGCGAAUGCAAGAGCGCGGGAUAACCAGAGCGCGAAUGCAGGAACGCGGGGUGACCGGGACGCGAAUGCAGGAACGCGGGGUGACCGGGACGCGAAUGCAGGAACGCGGGGUGACCGGGACGCGAAUGCAGGAACGCGGGAUAAUCGGGGCACUAACGCGGGAACGCGGAUCAGCAAGGAUAGCAGCUCCGUGAACUGCUACCGCACUUGCCAGAGCGACCUAUGCAAUGUGCAUCUUAUGCCGUACCUCGCGUCCAGCGGGCACUUCUCGGGAGCCCCUGCAUUUCGGGAAGGAGGUCUCGGUUUCAUCGCCUGCUUCGUGAUGAUGAGCCUUGCUGUACAAAUCCUGUUGAUCAAACGGUAA